UCAAUAAUUUUGUUUGAAAAAGUUUAAAAUAGAAAAUAUGGCAUUGUCAGUUAUUAAAUUUCAAAAUCAUUUAAUUUUGUCAAUUCACAAAUUGUCAAGAUGGUAUAAAAUGUUAGGGAAUAAAUUUUUGUUUUCAAAAUGUAUCGAAAUCAACGCAAGCUGUACCGAAAUCUAAGAAAUGAUGUCAGCUAUAAAAUAAAAGAUAGAAAUAAUGAAGUCGAAGAAGUAUAUCCGCCUAAAUCAAAAAGAAAUUAUUUUAAGAUGGACAAACCUAUGACGAACAGGUGUUGUAAUAUUUCCCCUGAGUCAAAAGACGCAGGAUUGUGUACGGAAACUGUACGAGAACAGUACCAAAAUAUUUUAUUAGAACAAUAUGGCUUUGAUCCCCUGAUGUCUGACCCGCUAGAGCAGAUUAAGGAAUUAAAAAAAGUUCUCUGUGGGAGUUCACCUAAGAUUGAACACGGUUCUCAAUAUGAUCCAAUGCAAGAUAUUAAACCGUUAUUAGCUGAAGCGGAAUGCGGUUAUGAGUGGCAAGAUAUUGAUAAUGCGGAUGAUAUUGACAAGUUUUUAAUAAUGGACAAAGAGAAAGCAUACUCUAUCCAAGAUAUAGAAAUUACUGAGAUUCCAAAGUUAAAGGUUAUAGCAGAAAAGUUUUUAAAAUAUAAAAAGGAUAACAUUGAAGUGAGAAAACUAGAAGAGAAAAUUGUAUGUCUUGAAUACGAGGUUUAUAAAAAAGUAAAUGACCUCGAAACAUUCGCUAAACCAGUUCAAAAAUUACGAGUUUAUUUUUCGGUUAAACUAAAUGAACAGAAAGACGCUAAUGCUAGAAUUCCAUCAUCAGUUAAAGUAAAAUACAAAAUCCAUAAUGAAGAUUUAAACAAAAUGAACGACAAAGAAGUAGAAAUCAUAGAUGGAAAAAUAUCAGAUAAUCGUCCAUACUUAGAAGAUCUUAAGAAGAUACUCAAUCGUAAACAAGCUAUUUUUGAAAAGAAGAGAAAAACAAAAUUAGACCUUAACUCUUUAUAUGAAAUGGCGAAAAGAGAUGUCAUUGCUUUAGAUGGAGAAUACUCUAAUACAAAUUUCUUAUCAAGAGGGGAAUUAGAGGAAAUCAAAGAUUUAAUUAAAAAUAAAUGCGCAUCUAGUAUACACGGAAUAAGCCGCCGAACAUUAAAGAGUGGGAAAGAAGACGAUGUAAAGAGAGAAAAGGCUAUUGAUGUGAUAUCUGAAAGUAUUUUUACUGAAUUGUUAAGGAACAUUGAGAAGUAAAACAUGAAUAUCAAAAAUAUAUUUAUUAAAAAAGCAUCAAACAACUAUAAAGAGAU